AUGCUUUCGGCAGUCGGAAUUACUGCUUCCUUCAACGACCAUUCAAGUUUCAAAGUUGGAUGUUUUCGCUGCUGGCGUCACAAUGAUAGCAUUGAGCAUUUUUCCCAGAAAGGAAAGCCACACAACGGUUAUCCAACAAGCCGCUAUGCUGAGCACUUCCGGCAUCGUGCUACUAAUGUGCUUCAUCAACAUAAUAUUACUCGAAUAUGCAACUAUAAAUCUGUAUCUGACAAUCACAACGAAAAAGACUUUGAAAAAAACCUCGGUGACGACAAAGAUGAAGAAUACAACUACUUCGUUGUACACUACCUUAGUAUAUUGGCUACAUGUAUUGGAUUGGCGUCUUCAUUCCUUGGAUUCGUCUUCAAGUUUUGCACAUUGUUUGCCCAGCAUCCUCCCCAAACUCUACGCAGGUUGUCAGUUAUAUCACCAAUGCAAAGUAACCUGGAGCGAGUGAUUAAUAGAAGACCGUCACUAUAUACCAUAUCCGGUCACAAGAUGAAUCCCCGACUCAAACACAGUUGCUGGGAAUACGAAUACAAUGCUUGCGUCAGUCCGAUGGACUCGAACCGCAACCACAGCCACAUUCAUUCCAACACUGUAGGAUUCGCUGAAAAUGAGAUUUACGCUAAUCUAAAGAAUUCAAGAAUACCACGGUUUAAGUCCACCGAAACACUGGGAACCAUCUGUUCGGAUUGUGACUGUGCCUUUAAACGAAUCACGCCUUCAACAUCAGUGGAUGCCAUGGGCGUCAUAACAUCUGAAUUGUGAAGCUGGUCAGAGGGAAAAAAGCAACAAUCGUUCUAGUACAAUAACAUAAGCACACGACCAAUGAGUUAUAAUAAUAAUGUGCUUAUAAAAUUCACACAUUCAUAGCUGUAUCAUGUGGAAAGAAACCCAGGUAAAAUAUAGACUUGUGCUGGACACAUUUCUCAAAUUACGUAUAAUCUAUAAUGAAAACGUACUACAAUAACGGGGACACAAAUCAUUUACCCUAAAAAUGAGCUUUAUUAUAUUGCAGAUAGAGUUGAUCGUUCUUCAGUUUUAUGCAAAUCAGGCGGUCUUAAUAGUUCUUUCAAGUGCAAUUAGUGUUAAAUUAAUGUUAAAUUAGUGCAAUUAGUGUUUCGUUUACAAUGACAAAAUAACGUUUAAAGUUUGUGAAGAAAAUGCAGGCCAUUUACAAAUAUUCCUGGUGAAUAUUUGAAUCUUCAACGUAUCGAUGAAUUAAUCUCGAUCGUGUGUUGACGCUAUUCAAUACGAAGGGCGUCACAGUUUGUGUACAGUUACGUCGAGGAACAAAAAAAAUCCGCUCGCUAUUCGCGAAGCCCGAUAUAAAAUUACAGAAAAAACGUGAAUCGAAUACAUAUAAAGUCUUUCAGUUCGUUAAAUAGUAUGGGAAUUUAUUUAGUAUAUAUUUUGUCAAAAUUGUAAAUAUUUAAACAAUUUAAGUUUCUAACUAACUUGUAAUUUUCUAACUUGUAUUUUUCAGUUUGUAGUUAUUCUUCUUUUUUCAUCAUUAGCAUCAUUUCUUGAUGCCUAUAUAUAUUCGUGCGUAUUUUAGAUUUUUCAUGUGAUUUCAUAUUUUUUUGGAAACCGGAAGAUCUCGGGCACCAAAUAGUUCGCGUUUAAAGUGUUGACCAUUUUAACGUACAGUGUAUUUGCGUUCGAUGGAUGCCCAGUUAUCUGGUAAUUAAUGUAUUUUUUAUUGUGGGAAAACAGAAGUGCAGAACUCCAAUUUCUAUGUAGUCUGGCUAACCAUUUGCGGGUUUUGGGUUUGCGAUAAAAUUGUUGAUUGCCUUCUACGCGGUUUAAUACAAGUCUUAACUAAUUGUACACUAAUACCUACAUUUUAUGAAAAAAGAAAGUUUAUUACUGUAAAGACCAUUU